GCCCAGGCUACUGCAGCGACCUCCGUGGACCCGGUGGUUCGUUACUGACUCACUGGAAUAGAUAACCGCGACGAAGGUAUUACAACAGACAGGGACCUCAACUUUCCAGUCGCCGCUCCUUUUCUCGCCCUAUCUGAAGUCCAUUUGUUGGAAAUUUGAGGUCAAUCACUAGCGUGUAAACACACUCAUUGAAUAUCGAAAUGGGUCUCUCCCGAGCUGUGAGACGUCCUAUUCAGAUGAUACUCAGCACCAGAAUGAGUAGCUCCGUUCGCAGUUACGCUACUUGCAUUUCUCAAGUUACGGAGAGCAAAACCCCAUCAGUGUCUCCUUUUACUUUGUUAUCGCGUCGAUUCACCUCUCAAGUUUCUGCUACAUCGGAUCAGAUGAAUCUGAUUAAGCAAUUGAGGGAACGAACCAGCGCUCCCAUAAAGGACGUCAAGUUGGCUCUCGUUGAUUGCAACUGGGACAUUGAGGCUGCGCAGAAGGAGCUGAGGAAAAGAGGGAAGGUUCUGGCGUCCAAGAAGUCAUCCCGGACGGCCUCAGAGGGCUUGCUAGCAUUGGCACAUAAUGAGGGGAAGGCUGCUGUGAUUGAACUUAACUGUGAGACUGACUUUGUUGCUAGAAAUGAAAUCUUUCAGCACUUGGCAUUAUCUUUAGCAAAGCGAGUUCUGUUGGUUGAUGAUUUGCAGCAAGCUUCUGGUGGAUAUCCUGUUGGACCAGAAAAUAUCGAGGAUUUGAAGAUAAAUCUUGAACAUCCCAAAAUUAGUGGAGAAACCACUGUUCAUAAUGCAAUUACAGAUGUAGCUGCUAUUAUGGGGGAGAAUGUAAAACUUAGAAGGGGUUUUGUGAUGUCCACGUCUUCACAUGGCAUUGUUUCUACCUACCUUCAUACAAGCCCUCAACCAGGUUUGGGUCGUAUUGCUGGGCUUCUAUCUCUUGAAGUAGAUGACAGAAAUUCUCAAACUGAUGUUCUCCAACGAGUUGGAUCUGAAUUGGCAAUGCAUAUAGUGGCUGCAAAGCCUUUAUUCUUGACAAAGGAACUUGUCUCUUCAGAUGCUUUAGAGAGUGAACGUGAAAUUCUCAAGUCUCAGGCAGAAAGUACAGGGAAGUCUCAUGUGGCGAUAGAGAAAAUGGUAGAGGGCCGUUUGCGUAAAUACUAUGAAGAUGUUGUUUUGAUGGAACAAAAAUUUAUAAUGAAUGAUGCCGUAAAUGUCAAGACACUGUUAGACAAUCUAUCCAGGGAAAUCGGCUCUCCAUUGAAAAUUGGGAGUUUCUUCAGAAUGGAAGUUGGAGAAGGAGUUCAAAGGCCUGUGGAUUCCACUGCAGAUGAGCCAGUGGCGCAGUCUGCUUAGUUAGAGGCAUGCCUGCCCUUCAUUUGAGAUGUGGCCUGUGUUCCUCACCUAUCGACCCUAAGCUCAUCAAAGUCGACAUCAACUUAAAAGGGUUUGGGAUUUUUUUUGCUUUUCACUUGUUACAAUCCUCAAAGUAUGUUUUUAAAAUAUGACUUACUGCGUACUCAAGUUAGUGUUCAUUGCAAGAAUUAUCAUAUGAUAUCUACUAAGGAAUCAUAACAUACAAUAUGAUUUUUUUUUUUUUUUUUUUGUAGAAUUACUAUUGUUCUUCUCCUCUUAACCAGAGGCGCAAUAUGAUAAUGACAGGUUAAUUGCCAUCAA